AUGGGAGAUACCAGUACCUAUUUAGGAUUCGAUUUUAGUACCCAACAGCUUAAGGCAAUUGCGAUAGAUUCAAAAUUGACCGUAAUCUGUCAAUACAACGUAAUUUAUGAUAAAGAAUUAUCCGAAUUCAAGACGAAAGGUGGAGUACAUAAACAUCCUGACAGAAUUACAGUCACAUCGCCAUGCUUAAUGUGGGUCAAGGCACUUGAUAUUAUCCUUCAAAAAAUGAAAAACGAUAACUUUGACUUUUCAUCUGUUGUUAGCAUCUGCGGUGCAGGUCAACAACAUGGCAGUGUAUAUUGGAAAAAAGGUGCUGGUGAAAUAUUAAAUCAUUUAGAUGCUGCUCAGGGAACAUUGGCAUCGCAGCUAGAGAAUUGUUUGGCUUUACUGAAUUCGCCUGUGUGGAUGGACUCUAGCACAACUAAACAAUGCUUGCAAUUGGAAAGAGCGUUCAAUGGACCACAAAAUUUAGCAAAUGUAACAGGCUCGAAGGCUUACGAACGCUUUACAGGUUGCCAGAUUGCAAAAAUCUUUCAGAACUUUCCUAAUAUUUAUCAAGAAUGUGAAAGAAUAUCUCUUGUUAGCAGCUUUGGCGCGAGUCUAUUUCUUGGUAGAUAUGCUGCUAUUGACUAUUGUGAUGGAUCUGGAAUGAAUCUCAUGGACAUUUUCAUGAAAAGAUAUUCAGAUUGUGCUUUACAGGCCUGUGCUCCUAACCUAAAAGAACUUCUAGGUGACCUAGUCAAACCUGGAACUAAUUUGGGAUGUAUUUCGUCAUAUAUGAGAGAUAAAUAUGGCUUUUCAUCUAACUGUAGAGUCAGUGCUUUUACAGGCGAUAACCCAGCGUCUCUCGUUGGCAUGAGGCUAAAGCAAGGAGAUCUUGCGAUUUCGUUGGGAACCAGCGAUACCGUUUUUAUUUGGUUGGACAAUCCUCAACCAGCUUUAGAAGGACACAUAUUUUGCAAUCCGAUAUCAAGUGAAAGCUUUAUGGCGUUAUUGUGUUUCAAAAAUGGCUCUUUAACUCGUGAAUCGAUUAAAAAUGAACUUGGUAUUGAGACUUGGGAGAAAUUUGAGGAAUUAAUGGCUGAUACGCCUCCCGGUAAUAACGGAAAUAUAGGUAUUUACUUCAAAGAAAUGGAAAUUACACCACCGAAAAUAGGCUGCUAUCGAUAUGACUGUAAUGGUAACGAAAUGCAAGAUUUUGACUUAAAGACGGAAGUAAGAGCUUUAAUUGAAGGUCAAUUCAUGGCCAAGAGAAUGCACGCAGAAAAUCUUGGAUAUGAUAUAGGUAAAUGUAAUAGGAUAAUUGCCACUGGUGGGGCCUCCAGUAAUAAAGCACUUUUACAGGUUUUAUCGGACAUUUUUAAUAAGCCUAUCUACGUUCAAAAUAUUAGCAACUCAGUUUCACUUGGUGGCGCUUAUAUGGCAAAUUUUGCGAUCAAUUCUGAGUUACUUGAGGAAUGGUUAUUGUUAAGAGAUAGUUACCGUCUUGCUGCAGAACCAAACCCAGCUACAAUUACGGCUUAUUCAAAGUUACUGGAAAGUUACAGAUGUUUGGAAGCAAAGAUUCCUUCGAAAUAA